AUGAGUGGUGUCUUACAUUACAUAUUAUUAACUACUCUAUGUGUGGAAUUCAUAGUGGGAAGUUUUGGCAAUGCAUUCACAGUUCUCGUGAACAUCGCGGACUGGGCCAAGAGGAGAAAGAUAUCUUUUAUAGAUCAGAUCUUCACUGCUCUGGCAAUUUCCAGAAUUGGUUUCCUCUGUUCAAUAAUCACAAGUAUGCUGGUAUAUGAACUGCACCCAACCUUAAUAAUGACUAAAAGACUUGUGAGAGAAAUUAAUAUUUCCUGGACAGUGACCAAUCAUUUCAGCGUCUGGCUUGCAACAAGUCUCAGCAUCUUUUAUUUUCUCAAAAUAGGCACUUUUUCAAACUCUCUUUUUCACCUAAAAUGGAGAGUAAAACAAGUGGUUAUAGUGACAUUGCUGGCAUCAUUGCUCAUCUUCUUUUCAAAUUUCUUAAUCAUAAACAGAUGCGCUGAUCUCUGGAUAGAUGGGCGUGAAGUUAAUAUGUCUUACAGUGCUAUCUUAACCACUGCUAUGCAAAUUUCUAGGCUUAUGAUAGUCAUCAACACUAUGUUCACACUUAUCCCAUUCGCUCUAUCUCUGACAAUGUUUCUCCUUCUCAUUUUCUCUCUAUGGAGACACCUGAGGAACAUGCAGGGCAAUGCCGCAGGCUUCAGAGACAUCAGCACUGCAGCCCACAUAAAGGCCCUGCAAAUGGUGGUCACCUUCCUGUUACUGUAUACCAUAUUUUUCCUAUCGAUUAUUCUGCAGUUUUCUAACCCUAAAUUUCAGAAGAAAAGUUCAGUUACUCUAUUUUUCUCCGCUAUUGGACUUGCCUUCCCUUCAGGCCACUCAUAUGUCCUGAUUCUUGGAAACACUAAGCUCAGACAGGCAUUUCUGUCCACGGUGUGGUGGCUGAGGUGCACGCUCAGGGACGCAGAACCCUCAGAUACCUAA